AUGGCAUCUGCAAUUUAUUUUUUGGACUUGAAAGGAAAGAUAUUGAUUUCUCGUGAUUAUCGUGGAGAUAUUCCUGUGACAUAUGUUGAAAAAUUUCUUUCUUUAAUCUCUGAAUCAGACGAUACAGUACCAGCAACACCGUGUUUUACGUAUGAAGGCAUUCAUUAUCUUUAUAUUCGGCAUAGUAACUUAUAUAUACUUACAUUGACAAGAAAGAACUCGAAUGCUGCAGAGUUAUUGCUUUUUCUUCAUAAAAUUGUAGAAGUUUUUAGUGAAUAUUUCAAAUCACUUGAAGAAGAAUCUAUACGGGAUAAUUUUGUUAUUAUUUAUGAGCUUCUAGAUGAAAUGAUGGAUUUUGGUUAUCCCCAGAUAACAGAGACAAAAAUUUUACAAGAGUAUAUUACACAAGAAAGUCAUAAAUUAGAAGUUAUGACUUUGCCUUCUGUCGCUGUUACUAAUCCUAUUUCAUGGCGCUCUCAAGGGAUUAAAUAUCGGAAAAAUGAAAUAUUCUUAGAUGUUAUAGAAUCUUUAAAUUUAUUAAUAAAUUCUAAUGGAAAUAUUGUAAGAAAUGAAAUUAUUGGUACUAUUAAAAUGAAAUGUUAUCUUUCUGGAAUGCCAGAACUUUGUUUAGGCUUGAACGAUAAAAUUAUGUUUGAAAAUAUAGGUAGAACAGUAAAAGGUAAAGCUGUUGAAAUGGAGGAUGUAAAAUUUCAUCAAUGCGUGCAAUUAUCUAGAUUUUAUAAUGAUCGAACAAUUUCAUUUAUUCCACCUGAUGGAGAAUUUGAAUUAAUGAAUUAUAGGAUGAAUACUCAGGUAAAACCUCUUGUAUGGAUAGAAUCUACGUUUGAAAACCAUUCUGGGUCUCGAAUAGAAAUAUCAGUUAAGGUAAAAUCGCAAUUUAAACGGAAAUCAUCUUCAAAUAAUGUUGAAAUUAUUGUUCCUGUUCCGGAUGAUGCCGAUUCUCCACGUUUUUGUGCAUCAAUUGGAAAUGUGCUUUAUGCUCCUGAAAAAUCUGCUAUUAUAUGGAAAAUUAAACAACUUCCAGGAGGUAGAGAGUAUUUAAUGAGGGCUGAAUUAGGAUUACCUAGCGUCAAAGGAACUGAAAUAAGUCCUAAAAAAAGGCCUAUAAGUGUUAAAUUUGAAAUUCCAUAUUUUACCAUUUCUGGAAUUCAAGUUAGAUAUUUAAAAAUUGUUGAACCAAAACUUCAAUAUACAGCAUUACCUUGGGUUCGUUAUAUAACGCAAAAUGGAGAAGUUAGUUUUCGACAAUCAUAG